CCAUGUGGUAUACCGACAAUUAUUAAAUGCCCUACGACAUCGUUUACCUGAAGCGAGACAUCGUAAUGCCGCUUUCUUUGUAGUGCCUGCAAUUAGGCAUUGUUCCCCGAAAUUAUAAAAUUUCGAUUCGUUUCUGAUGAUCAUGACUUACAAGAUUGGUACGUUGUGUAGUUUGUGAAAUUUGUGUGUAAUCGAGUUAGUGGUUUGCGUCCCGGUGUUCAGUUUAUGAAUGAAAUGCGACAGAGAAACGUGAAAAUGAAGUUGUUACCCGUUGUGAUUUUUGUUGUGCUCGCUGUGGUUUCUUGUGAUGAGUUGGACAAGAAAAUGAGUGAGGCCCUUUGUCAGCUGAGAUGUCCCAAAAAUGGUUUUGGAGAAUGCUUCCCCGCUGAAGAUUGUGGAUGCAUCGACAAGAACAGUUCUGAUUCAGUUUCAGAUUUGACGAACUGGACUACUAAAGUUGGACUUUACGAUCUCGCUGUUAAAUGCAAAUCUCAGGAUAUGUUCCACAUAGAAUGGGAUGAAGAAGCUAUACCUUUUUCUGGGAAUCGGAGCAAAAUCGUAUAUUUUUUACAUAUUUCCAAUAGAUACGAAGAAAUUUACACAGAAGUGAUAUUAUGUAAUUAUUACAGUGUUUUCAACGUUCUUCCUAACGAGAGCUAUAGAGUAACCCUGUGGGCUCUUGAUGAGAACAAUAUUUUUCUAUCGAACAGUCUCACUCUGUUGACCCCAGAAAAAGGAAGGAUUCCCUACCCAGUUCAAAACUUAACCAUUGACCUCAUACCGGGAAAAAAAAAUUUUGAAGCAGAGGUUGUCUGGAGUCCAGCCGAAGAUCUUUCCUGCUAUUAUGAAAUUAUUUUAUAUUGUACACAUUCUGGAAACACUCAUCAUACAGUACCAGCUCCUGAUUUUUAUGAAAUCACUGAUGCAUCAAAGUUAUUCAAACUCAAUAUAGGCGAUCUACAUUUCGGCUUUGGAUAUGCACUGACAAUUAAAGCUAGGUCAGCUGAUUUUGAGGAAGAAAGUACAAAUAAAACCGUAGAUUUUAUUGUGCCCUCCUGUUUAGAAACACUGAAAAGUCUUUCGUUUUGUAAACCUGAACAGCCAGAAAACCUGACGAUCAAUGAAAUCCAAUUGUCGCCGUCCAUCUAUGAUAUCCACCUCAACUGGUCCAAACCAAGUCUAACACCGGAUUAUUACAUAGCCAAAUUGAACAUUAUGAAUAAAAGUGUGGAUACAAGCACUAUUCCAACCCAGAACAUAUCGGGGGAAGCAACGAACGCAACCUUCAAGCAGAUCGAGCUAACCUCCUACUACCAAGUCCACCUGCAAGCGUUUUCGAAGGCCGGUAAAAGUCCAUCCGCCGUCGCUGAUCGACUGUCCAUGCACCCCCUCCGGUUACCCUCCAUGCCGGACGAGAAGUAUCAAAAUUUGAAAAUCCUGAUGAUCGUUCUUUUUUCUGUAGGCUCCGUCUCUGUACUGAUAGCGAUCCUAGUCCCGAUGGUGCUGCGGAGGUUCGGCCAAAGCUCGGAAAAAUUCGAUGCUUCUGAGGACCAAAGUUUCGGUCGGACGCAGCAGUAUCGGUCCCUGCCACAAGUUGUGUACACAAUUGAUAAAUGGCAAAUAAAUUUAGACGAUGUUACUUUAAAGGCCGUUAUAGGAGAAGGAGCGUUUGGCAUUGUCUGGCAGGCCAAUAUCGGGGACACAACAGUCGCCUGUAAACUUUUAAAGGAUAACGCCACCGCUGAAGAAGUGCGCCAGCUCUAUCAGGAAAUCGAGAUUAUGAAGCAGGUCGGAACGCAUCCUCAGAUCGUUUCCAUGAUUGGGUACAUAACCCGGAACGUCCAAAACGGUCCCAUCUUGGUCGUCGAAUAUUGUCCCAAGGGCAGUCUGCUGUCCCACUUGAGAGAGAUCUACACCCACUUCGAAUACAGAUUGAGAAGAUUGCAAGCGGAAGAAUCCGAAGAAGGGCAACAUGGUUUCACGAACAAACUGUACACGUUCGACUGGAAGCAAUUAGACGAUGAAGUUGCGAUCACCAAAACGGAUAUGAUAUCGUUUGGCAGACAGAUAGCGAGUGGAAUGGAGUACCUAUCCGGUCAGAAAGUCCUCCACAGAGAUUUGGCGGCGAGGAACAUACUGAUGAUGGACAACAAGACGGUGAAGGUUUCCGAUUUCGGACUCAGCCGAGACGUCUACAUGGACAGCAUCUACUGCAAAACGACCAACGGCAAACUACCGCUGCGUUGGAUGGCGCUAGAAUCCCUCACGCACCAGAUCUACACCAGUCAGAGCGACGUUUGGUCCUUCGGCGUAUUGAUGUGGGAGAUCGCGUCGUUGGGCGCCAUUCCCUACCCGGGCGUCGAAACGCACGACUUAUUGGCGUUUUUGAGGAAAGGAGAACGAAUGGCGAAACCGCAACUUUGCCCCGACGAAUUAUACUCGCUGAUGAUCAACUGUUGGAAUGAAUCGCCUAGCGAUCGUCCGAAUUUCACCUCAUUGAAAGAGGCCCUUGAACGGAUGCUGUCAGAAGAUAUCCUAUAUUUGCAGAUAGCAUUCAACGAAGAUUCUUAAUACUCGAGUACUACACUUAAUUUUCGCAUCAGUGUUCCGAUAUUUUAUGUUUCAACGAAAUAUUUAACGUGUUUUAAACGUGAAAGAGAAUAUUUUAUACAUCUCUCUCGAGACACAACUACAAAGUAGGAAAAGUUGAUUUUGUAUGGAAAAAAAUUGUGAUUUUGGAAUGUGUGAUACAAUUCGAGAGAUUUUAUGUAUGAGGAAUACACAUUCGUAUUUUUAUACCUUUUAUUGAAACAUUUGAAUAAUUUAUUUUUUACAUAGUUUUUUAUGAAAUCAUCAUAUUUGUAUUAUAAAAUUGUAUUCGUUUUAA